GCAUCCAGAGAUAUAGGUGACAAAGGGUUCUUCCUCGGGAAGAACCUUGCCCAGCUUGGUGAGAUGUGAUUUCGCAAUGGCCAAUGGUGCACCAAGAUGCCACCCCGCCAACCGACCAUUUCAUGACCGAUUGGAAAAGUUGAGACUGGACUGUGGAUGCAAGGGCUACUACUCACAAGAAAAGACCUACUCUCGUGCACUGCAGGCGGUUCGCCGCUAUCCUCUCCCUUUGCGCAGCACGCAUGAGGUUGCAGACUUGGAUGGCAUGGGCAAGGCUUGUGCAAGAAUCUUUGAGGAGAUCCGUCAAAAGCAGGAGCCUGUCGGUCAAGAGGCAGAGGAUGAGUGGCGCAAGUGUGCCAAGCAGCGCCUUUUGAAGGCUUUGUCUUCGAAGGCGAAGGUGAGUCGAAGAGAAGCCAAAGGGCUCAAGCCCCAAAGCUCUGUUGCGCAGCCAAAGAGUGGUAGACCUCGAGGCCGUGGCGGUAAAGGCCGUGGUGGCCGUGGCAAAGGCCGAGGGAAAGGUGGGGGUAAGACCUGGGACAAAGGCCGGAGCAAGUGCAGCAAGGGCAGCGAGGGCAGCGGGGGCGCGGCUGAUCGUCAUGCCGACAUUGAGGAGGACGACCAACCUCUGAGUCAGCUUCUGAAUCCCUCCACGCCUGAUAGAUCCCAGAGCUCAAAGCCAUUUGUAGCACUCACUCCUCCGAGCCGAGCACACCAAGCGACGCCAGCAACGUCGCCAGAGCCGACCCAGGUUGCCAGCCAACGGAGCUGGUUAGAGAUACCAGAGCCUCUGACACCGACCCUGGUCAUGCGGUCACCUUUGACGGGUGGCUGUGAGCUACUUGCAUCCGCUCUGGCCUCCGCUCCGGCCUCGCAAGACUCUCAGUCUGGGGAGCUGCAUGUGGAACCUGUGAAUCUUGGAGAUGAAGGCGCGCCGAGCACCAAGAAGCCACCGGUCCGGAACUUGCGGCGAGCAGCCUCGGCACCAGAGGGUCCUAAGCCAAAGCGGGCGCUGGUGCAGACGCGCUCGGAGCCUGAGCCUCGACAUCUGGCGCGCCUGGCGAGUCGGAAGGAGCCACUGGAGCUGCGCAGCUUCAGUGUACCGGGCAAGCUGGUGCUGCUCCUGGACCACCGGGAGGUGGGUGCUAGCAAGGAGCAUGCCCUGAAGGGUGCCAUGCUCAGUGAGCUGCAAAAGCGCCUGGGCGUUGAGGCCGUGGAGGCCCGCGUUUUGCCCUUGGGAGACGUGCUUUGGAUCUGGCGGAAUGAGAAGGGUGAGGAGUUGGUAGCAGGUUGGAUAGUUGAGAGGAAGACCUUCGCGGAUCUCAGCUCAUCAAUUCUUGAUGGCCGCUACGAGGAACAAAAAGGCCGACUUCUGGAGGCGCCAAACUUGGAGGGUGUGAUCUUCCUCAUCGAGGGGAGUGGUGCUCUCUUUGGAGUGGAAGAGGGUCCUUCUCGGUCGACUGCGCCGGGUGGGUCCGGCCGCGGCUUUGGGCAGCGCUUGGCCGGGCCACGGCUCUGCGAAAAAGCACUCAGCAGCAGUGCCAGCCAUACGCAGCUGAUCUCAGGCUUCAAUGUCCUCCACUCCCUCUCGACGCCCCACAGCAUCGCCCUCCUAGCUGCCCUGCACAAAAAUCUCGAGAAGCAGCGCUGCUCCGAAGGCCACGUCUCCUACGAGGAUUUCGCGGAGCGCACCAAGAAGCAUGGCCAGCGGCGAGUCUUUGAGGCCUUUGGCCGAAUGCUGCGAGUGGUGCCGGGAUGUGGUGCUGAGGCCACAGAGGCACUGGUGGAUGAGUUCCAGACACCGCAGGCCUUCGCCACGGCGCUCCGGGACUUCUCGGACGCCGAGCUCCUGCAGCGGCUCAAGCGCCACGGCCGAGUCACGCGGAGCGCGCUGGCGGCGUGCCGCGCGCUCUUUGCCGGGUGACCCGGUGCGGCUGGAUGUACUGGUGACUUCGCGAUGGUGAGCAGCAGUGCUGAGCUGCAUGUUGUGCAUGCAAAAGGAUUCCAAGCAAGUGGUCC